UGUUUUGUUAGUUAGUCUAAACUUGCUUUUCCAAUAUUAUUUUAUUCCUUCGCCGGAAGCUGUGCGCAAUAUUUCCUUUUCCGCUAAAGUCGCCAUCAUGACUGUAAAGCGAAGAAACAACGGACGUAACAAGAAAGGCCGAGGCCAUGUUAAAUAUGUACGUUGCACCAACUGUGCACGCUGUGUCCCUAAGGACAAGGCCAUCAAGAAAUUUGUGAUCAGGAACAUUGUUGAGGCUGCCGCUGUCCGGGAUAUCUCUGAUGCUUCUGUUUAUGAAAUGUACGCCCUACCCAAGCUGUAUGCCAAGCUUCUUUACUGUGUGUCUUGUGCAAUCCACUCCAAAGUUGUAAGGAACAGAUCAAGGGAAGCUAGAAAAGACAGGACACCACCUAUUAGGUUCAGGCCUAUGCGCGAAGGACAAAGUGGUCCAAGGCCAGGUGGUCAAGCUCAAGGUGCUGGGCGUAGUAACUAAAUUUGAUAAGUUUGAAGUUGACAAUAAACUAAAUGUCUAAGUAAAA